GGCAAAAAGAACCGAAAGAAGGGAGGGACGCGCCCCCGAUCUGUAGGGCACACGCAGCGGGCCGGCCGCAUAAUGUCAGACGCCGCCCGCUCCUCUUUGUUGCCUGAUGGCGUUACUUGUCGGCUCCCUUGUGUCUUACGGUCUUCUUGUUUCUUCCCGAACGGGCAACGAGCGACGAGAGAAGAAGGAGGGACGAGAGAAGAAGGAACGAGCGACGAGAAGCGCCCAGGGCAACGAGUUACGACAGAAGAACGAGGGACGAGAGAAGAAGGGAUGAGCGACGAGGGGCGCCCAGCUGUGUCGCGGCAGCCUGUGUCGCAGCACAGUGGUCGAAGAGAGCGGCAAAAAGGGCCGAAAGAAGUGAGGGACGCGCCCGCGAUCUUCAGGGUACACGCAGCGGGUCGGCCGUAUAAUGUCAGACGCCGCCCGCUUCUCUUUGUUGCCUGAGGGCGUUUCAUUCUUGUCGGCUUCUGUGUGCCUUUUGGUCUUCUUGUCUUUUCCGCGAUGGGCAACGAGCGAC